GCUUGGGGGAAGUUGAACUUUGAAGUGGGAACGAAAAUUGUGGCAGUUUGUGCAUACUUUCCUUUUUUGCUGUGCGAAUAAGCGAAAAAUUGUAGUGAAAAUAGUUCAGUUCAUGCAAGGCCCUAAAACAAAAGUUCAUGCAUACCAUUUAAAAUCGUGAGUCAGAGUAGGAAGUGAACUGUGUUGGUGUAACUUAACUUCAACUUUGCAUGUAGUUGCCCGUGUCAGUUGGUGACUUACCUACCAGGGAAAUAAGCUAAUAUUAGAGCGCUCUAUUAAAUGAUUUUGCUCCAUGUUGAAGAGAUACCCUAAAAGUGUGACCUUUUAUUGGCCUUAACGCAGCAAGGCAACACUUCUCAGUUCUCUGACCAGUGAAUCAGAAUGGUACCGCUAGAAAGAUAAUUUGUCAAAUAUUAUCAUACACCAGAAAAAGUCAAAAUCAAAAUUGAAAUGUUUCUCAAGUGAAGAAAUCAGUCCUAAGCAUAAGUUAAAUAUUGAUCCUAUUUUGCCACCAGCAUUAAAAAUAGAUCCCCAUUCACCUGAUAAGCUAGAAAUAAUGCUGGCUUGUGAUGCUCAAACAGAAAUAAUUUUCUCACAAUCAAAUUUUGUUAUUAUUUUUUAAACAAAAGGUUAUGUUUCAGAAAAGAGGCUGAUUUUAUGUGGAGAUAUGUUUGUAAUGUUGUAUUUGUAUUACAACCAUUACUCAUUCAACCAAUAUCAGCCCAACAAUUGGCUAUAAUGCCAUGUGUAAGCUUCCAGUCAUUUGUUGAAUAAUUCUGGAAAGUGGUGAGAUCUUUUUAAAAUCUGGUUCAAUCCAUUGUCUUGCAACAAAUAAUGGCCUUGGCUCAUGGCAUGGCAUUGUCAGCAUAUGGAGCUAUAUACCUAACCUUACAAAGCUUACUUCCAUCCAACCUUUUCUCUUUACAUAGACUGAGACCAGCAUCAUGGAUUCCUUUGAUUGCCAUUGACUGAGUGAUAUGAGACAAUAGACAUCAUCAUGAUAUCCUUAUUGUGUUGUGAAAUCUGGACUUCUGGAGAGUGUUUUCUAUAUUGUGCAAUAGCCAGUAAACAUAUUAUACCGCUACUUUGUAAGUCAUGACGUACAGUUUGAAUGAAUUACACUAGCUUCUACAACACCUAUGUGUUACAGGUCCUUAUUUUCCAGCGGCUCAGUCACCGUUCAUCAGCACUCAGUAUGCUGAGUGUGGCCCGGGGCCUGGCGGCGCGGACCGGUCGGCUGACGGCCUGCAGCGGCGACCGGUGCGUGCUCGGGCCGGCCGGGCGGUGCCAGAGGGCGGCCGCGCUGCGCACCUCGGCACCCCGGCCGGCGCCGCUGCCGCCGGCGGUGUGGCUGGUGCUGCGACCCAUCACCAAGCUGGCGGCCGUGCUCUUCGGCAGGGCGUACCGAAAGUGGUGGCAGGCGCUGCCCAAGAACAAGCGGGCCGUGUUUAUGGCCAGUGUGCGCAGAAAUCGCCGCAAAAUCGCCGCCGCGUCGGCGCUGGUGGGAGGACUGUCGCUCAACUACUACUACUCGCACCUUCAGACCACGCCCGUCACGGGACGUACCCGAUUCGUAGCCUUCACGCCCGAGCAAAUCGUGAAAAUCUCGCAGGAAGGCUUUGAAAUGAUGAUCGAGGAGCACGCGAUGGACACCCUACCUCCGGACCACGGCUUUUACCGGACCGUGGUACGCGUGGCGAACCGUCUCCUGUCUGCCAACAGAGACCUGGCAGAGAUGCAGCGGGACUGGGCCGUCACUGUGGUGGCAGACGACGCGCACGUCAACGCCUAUGCCAUGGAGUGUGGCAACAUAGUUGUGUUUACGGGAAUGCUGCUGAUGUGCGACAAUGACGAUCAGCUGGGCUGUGUUUUGGGCCACGAGAUGGCGCACACCGUCCUGGGGCACUCGGGUGAGCGUUUGAGCAAGGCGCACCUGCUGGACCUGUUGAUGAUCCUGCCGCUGGCCGCCAUCUGGGCCUUCCUGCCCAACGACGGCAUCAGCGUGUUCGCGCACUGGUUCUUCCGGCAGAUGGUCACACUGCUGGGCGACCUGCCGCACAGUCGCGCUCUGGAGACGGAGGCGGACGAAGUCGGCCUUCAUCUGGCUGCUAGGUGUCACCCGAUGCCGGAGCGGGACCCGAGAGCUGUUGUGGAGGAAUUCCGUAAAAUGCUGCUGGAGCAGGCCGCAGCCAGACGACCGCACCCGAAGAGCGUGCCUCUUGAACUACCUCGCGCCGGCUCCGGUGGAUAGCUAACUACAAUUAUGACUGUGUUCAACCGAAACAUACCCUGCACCUGCCAGCAAGCGCAGAGGAAACUCGGUCACUGCCUUACUUUGUGAGUACGAGACGAAGAGAAUCAGGUUGGAAAAGCGGCUUGCCACGGAGUUCCUAUGAUUCGGCUUCCCGUACGAAUACAUACCUCCAAUAUCGCUGGGCUCAAAUUUCACGCUGCACGAGUCUGUGGCGCGUCGAAAACUGCAUUUAAUUCGACCGUACUGUGCUCAUUGUUCUCCCUCGAAACUACCAUCCAGAGUAGCUCAGGACAUAUAAUGCCACGACUGAGUGUCGCCAGUCCUUUCGCAGAUGUGAUAGUGCAAUCUGGUGCGUGUAGUAGAUGGUGAUUGGUGCAGCUGCUGGACUGUGCUUUGUUGGUGAUUGGAUGAACCUGGUGAUAACGUUUUAGUCUAUUUUAUAGACGUGGUGUGACGCUUUAAGAAGUGAGUGCGGUUAUAGUGAAUUUGAGGUAAUGAAGGUCGUUGUUAAAGUUGUUGAGACCGAGAUUUACUGUUUGUUGAAGACCCUGUGCGAAACACGUAUUGUGAGUGCGAUUCUAACUAGGUUGACUGGUCACAACCACUCCAUGAACGGAUGAAUUGUGUGCUAUUUAACGUUUGAUUUGGAAUGAAUUAUUUUAGCCUGUUUGAAUAAACCGUGUAAGAAUCUUG